AUGACCAGCCAAAAUUUACCCUGCUGCUGCAUUCCACCGUCCGCCAUUUCCCUCGGCCAGAGCAGUGCUCUCCGACCCGAAUCCGCGCCGAGUGACCGUCUCACCGACUCAUUUCUAUUGCUUCCGCCAACCCUCUCCGCGAUGGGCGCCCAGAACGCAUCAGUCACACCGCGCGAUGCGCCCGCACCUGCUUUUCACGUCCACCCGAAUGGCACUGGCAUCGAUAUAAGCGGCUGGCAUAUCAGCUCCGCCCAGCUCCCGAUUGCCACCACCGCCGUCGAGGAUCGUCUGGCCGACGACUUGGGAAUCAAGCUCCCUGCCAUGCUCUUCGACCGUAGCACUCUGCGACUAGAACACGUUUCCCCGCCAUCCGCACAAGGCCAAGCAGAACGAUCGUUUCAGCUAGUCUUCAGUGCCGUGGACGCCCUUCGAAUGGUGGGAGAGGCCGAUCCAAACAUCAAGGUCAAGGCUGCUGUCAAGUGGGGUGAGAAGACCGACAGAGACGAUGUCGAAAUCACUACCAUUGACAAAGCCAGUGAUUGGACCUUUUCUACUAGGUAUCCGGGCACUGUCACUGCCUCGCAGAAUCCUAUAGAUCAACUGAGUCCAAGUUGGGAGCCCAUGUCGCAACAUCUUCACAUUUCACCAGGUCCCGGGCAAAAUUUGCAGUCCGCAUUGGUACCGAUUGAUUACGAGGUCCUGAGGAACACCGAGCUUCCCAUUCUAUUUUCGUCCGAGGUCAUUUUGUUUGAGGAUGAGCUUGAUGAUAACGGCGUCGCUUCGUACAAGGUCCGAAUCAGAGUUAUGCCCAGUUGCUUCUUCAUACUCGCACGGUUCUUCCUGCGUGUUGAUGGCGUCCUUGUUCGCAUCUUCGACACAAGGUAUUUUCACCGCUUCGGUACUGCCGCAAUUGUCCGAGAAUCAGUGAUUAGGGAGGGAAAUCUUGCUUCAAGCCUCAAAGAUACGCCUUCAUCCAUACUGAAAGACCCUGAUAUGGCUUCGCAAACGGUCCCAGCCAUGAGCACUAUCUUGGAAAACAUUCAUCUGCCGAGAUAG